AUGCAGACUGCUUCUACAAACAUUUAUCAAAGGCUGUGCAAUAAGUCCAUCCAUGAAGUUUCCUUGCUACUAAACAUUCCACGGUCAACUGUUAGUGGUAUUAUAAUAAAGUGGAAACAACUGGGAACAACAACAACUCAGCUACGAAGUGGUAGGCCACGUAAAAUGGCGUCAGCGCAUACUGAAGCGCACAGUGUACAGAAGUCACCAACUGUCUGCAGAGUCAAUAGCUAAAGACCUCCAAUCUUCGUGUGGUCUUCAGAUUAGCACAACACAGCAGUGCAUAGAGAGCUUCAUGGAAUUGGUUUCCGUGGCUGAGCAGCUGUAUCCAAG